AUCCCCUUUCUCCCUAAAAAGAGAGUUAAGCCCGACCCUGAUUUUGAGCCAGAACCUGAGCCUGAGUCCGGCAUGGACGAGUCUUCAGGCCGUGGCCAUCGGGAGAAAAAACCAAGCGAAAAGCUCAAGGAACAAGUUUCGGCCAAGAUCGACCGGAUCGAAGAUGAGAAACCUGUCGCGCUUCCCACCUACAUUGCGCCCAACGACUCCAAAUUCCUACAAGACCAGAAGGAGGUUCCGAAGAUUUUUGACCAUUCUAAGAUAGCCCCGAAUGGUGACAAGACCGACUUUUACACUCUCGGGACACACGUCGAGAGCAAAGAGAAGCGCUACUACAUUCGCGCGAAGCGAGAUCCUUCCACCUUUUAUUUUCACACCGACGAGCCUCCUCCGCGUUACGCCCGCCUUAGCGACGAGAAUCACCCUCAAUGUGGCGUCGAGAAUCUCAAGAAUGUCUUCACCAAGGACAUGUUGGGCAAGAGUGGGGAGUUCGGUAGCUACACCACAAGGGCUAAUGUCUUUGCCCGGGAGGGACAAUUCUUCUUCGAAGCCAAGGUCAUCAGCAUUGCCCCGCCAGGUCGAGAAGCCCCAGAUCGCGCACUUGCGGAGACUCAGAAUCUGGACAGAACGUCAACGAGCCGAGGCGGGUUGAGAGUGGGCUUCUGUAGACGUGAACACCACUGGAGCGAGAACUUGGGCGGCAAUGCUUACUCAUAUGCAGUUAUCCUGAGGAGUGGGAGAUCCAAGGAAUAUGGCAGCGUGCGGUUCAACACCAUGAUGUACCAUAUGCAGGGUGAAGGCGCACAAGAUCCCGACGACUUGUCCCCCGGCGAUGUUGUUGGGCUCAUGAUCACGCUACCGUCGCUGGAGGUACACAAAAAGGUGGUGGAGGGAACCUACAACCCGUCAGAAUAUCCGGAUCUCAAAUGCGGGCCGGCGGUUAUGAAGAAGAAGCAAGGCGCAGGGAAGAAAUCUGCUAAGGGCGGAUCAAAACCCAAAGAUGGCGACGUGCCUAAGAGUAAAGAGGAUGCUGUCAAGAAACCGCACAAUGCUCGAGCUGCAAUCCGCUCCGCCCUGAGUCCGAUGUUCGGAUGCCCCAUGCCCUCCGACCACGACAUCAUCCGCGACCGCAACCCAUUUCUCCACAAAGGUAUGACUUACUUCGAAUGUCCAGAGUACACGCCCAACCAUGAUCUCAGCCGGCCAACGCUGAAUACAAAGAACAAAUCCGUCAACCCUGAAACUGGCAAGAAAUACGACCUCCUGACCGAGACUCAUCCUAACCAUGACCUCCCACACCUACGAACCCUGCCGGGUAGCAAGAUUGAACUCUGGGUAAAUGGUAAAUACCAUGGCGUGGUCUGGGAACACCUCUUUGCAUUCCUGCCACCUGCUUCUUACAUUGAGAAGGGUAGUCGAGCCGUCACCGGUGGGCAUGGCGAUGUGGACGACGGCUUGCUAGGUUAUUACCCAGCGAUCAGUCACUACACUGGUGGAGCGGUCGAGUGCAAGUUUGAUGGCCCCUGGUGGUACGGAUAUGAGAAGGACGGCCCUGCACACCCCAAUGCCCGCCCUAUCGGUGAGCGGUAUCAAGAGCAAAUCGUCGAGGAUAUGGUUAACGAUCUUGUGGACGAGAUCUACCAGGAGAAGCUUUACGAGGACCGUGAUUGGAUGAAGAAACGGGUCUUGGAUGCGCCUGUCAGUCUUCAACACAGCUGAUGCAGUCUUUGCUUUGACCUUAUCUGAGAAUAUUUGGUCUGGCGAAGAUGUGCCGGGAAGAGGACGGCCAUAUCUGGGGCAGUCAACACAUAUGUUGAGGCAUAUGUUGAGGUGUGCGAUGCAUAUCCAGGUAUGGCAACACUUGCAGACCAAAACUGGAAGGACAUGGCAUACUCGCGGCCUUGACAAAACGAGGCAUAUAUCGGGCAGGUGUUAUGGGAAGACAGAUCAUGAUUGACAGGCGGCCAGGGAAGGAAAAAGUCGAUUACAAUGAUACCCCAUUUCUGCAUCAGCCUUCAAGGUAGAGGAUAGGAAAUAGCAACAACAUGACAAACGCAUCAUCGAGAGCAUGAAGAGAAUCAACUAAAGUGUCUGAUUGGUUGCGUACAGUCCGCGCCCUAAAGGGACGUCUGCAGGGAGUCAGAUUAUAGAGAUUAUCAUACGGGGAGCGAAGAGCUGCAGUCAGCACUCUCACUAUGGCAAUACGAUACUGCCUGGAUCGGACGUAUGCUGAGAUCCAGCCACACG